AUGGCAAGCGGAGCGUCGCGGCGUCUUCUCCGCCUGAGUGCACACCUCAGCGACGGCGUUCUGACGCAAGGCUUCUCUUCACCUCUCCCAGCCUUCCUCGCUCCCCGCCCUGCUUCUCGGCUCCCCUCGGGGGUUUCUACUUCCCCUGCGGUUUUCCCCCUGUCCUCAUCGGAGAUGAAGAAACCCGAUGGAGGAAGCGGCGACUCCGCCUCCUCGCUGCCGCCGUGUCGCGCCUUCUCUUCGCUUCCAGGGCCCGCGGCGUUUUGGGGCGAGGAACUCCAGCUGCAGUUUUCAGACGAACUUCACGCUUCCGGCUGUCUGUCGAUCUCUCUGAAUCGCCCGAAACAGCUGAAUGCGCUGAGUUGCAACAUGAUCACCGCCUUGCAUGCGCUCCUUCCUCGCGCGGCAGAGGAUCCGCGCGUGUCCCUUCUGGUGCUCUCGGGCCAGGGGGAUCGAGCCUUCUGUGCGGGAGGUGACAUCCGGCAAAUCGCGAGCGCCUCCGCCGCAGACGUCGACAGAUUAUUUGGCCACGAAUAUGCCCUCGUCUUCAACUUUUCAAAAUUCAAGAAACCCGCCGUCGCCCUCUGGGACGGUAUUGUCAUGGGAGGAGGCGUGGGAAUUUCGAUUUUCGCCUCCCACCGUCUCUGCACGGAGUCAACUCUGUGGGCGAUGCCGGAGACAGCGAUCGGAUUCUUCCCUGACGUCGCGGCAACUUUCUUUCUGCCGCGGUUGAAGGCAGCCCCAGGCGUGGGAUUUUUCCUCGGCCUCGUAGGAAAGCGACUGCGCGCUGCAGACCUCCUCGCAACAGGCCUUGCCACGCACUUUGUGCCGCGCGCACGGCUCGAGGCGCUGGAAGAGAAGCUGAAAACGGUGGGUUUGCUUUCUGGAUCCUACCGCGAGAUCGAAGGUUUCCUCUCCCCCGAAGCAGCGCGCGCCGAAGUCGAUCGCCUGGUCGGCGAAGUCUCUGAACCUCUGCCGUCUUCAUCUUCUCUCUGCACUUUAACCCCUGAGGUGUUGGAGGGAUGCAGGAAGUAUUUCUCGGUCUUGCCGAACUCGUAUCAGGCCCUAGUCGCCUCGCUGGCUGCCGGCGCUGCUCAGGGGUGCUCCUUCGCGGCGGAGGUGCGCAAGACGCUUCUCGAAAAAUGUCCGCUCUCCUGCGCCGUGUGGUUCGCGCUCUUCCAGCGCGCAGAGGCGCGGAAACAGAGCGGCGAAGGUGAGGGCGACGCGGCGCCGUUCUACGCGCAGCGCGAAGAAGGCGACACUCUGUUGGACGUGUUGCGGCAGGAUUUCGUCCUCGCCGAAGCCUUCUGCUACGGCUAUCCGGAGAAUUUCAAGGAGGGUGUGCGCGCGGUCCUCGUGGACAAAGACAACCGGCCGAGAUGGACCCCGAGCAGCAGCGCGGACCUGCAAGCAGAAGACGUUGAGCGGAUGCUCACCUACGGCGAGGCGAACGCUCUAGACCGUUUCCUGCACUGA